AUGGCGGAUGACGAGCGACUGCUCAAGCUGAAGGAGAAGUACAAUCAGCUGAAGCAGGCCGAGAAGCAUGGUUUCGCUGCCAAUGGAGUGCUCAAAAAGGGCCUGCUUGACAAGCAGGAGGAAUGUACUCGCUUGGAGCAGCAGCUCAAGGAGAGAGACUCGACCAUCCGCGAGCAGCUGGAAGAAAUCGAUCACCUUCAAUUCCAAAACGGGCGCAUGUCCAAGCAGCUCGGCACGCUGACUGCCCAGGUGGAAGAGUCGAGAAAAACUCAGACACAGAGCACCUGGUCGAUGGGCGGCUUAAUUUCGGGAAAGCAGCAGGAGGCCAUGCAGAAAGCCGAAAGCGAUUUGGCAGUGCUCCGAGAUGAACUCAUGAUGAAGAUUCAAGAGAACGAGGAGCUUCACAUGCGCGUCUUCGAAGCGCAGAAGCAGCACGAUGAAGAGGCUGAAAGGCUGCGCGACACCGAAGCCACCAAAGGUAGGGACCUGGAGCGAUAUGCUGCGCAACUCAAGAGCAGCAAAGAGGAGGUUGAGCGGCUCUCUUCAGAAGGCAGUCGCAUGGCUGAGCGCAUCAGCACAUUGGAUAACCAGCUGUUUGCCUCGGCGCAGCUGUCUCAGAGCCUCAGGGAGCAGCUGGACAAGGAACGGCUGGAGGCCAUCGAGACAAAGACCGCUUUACAAUCACGCCUCGCGCAGUGGGUUCCAUUCGACUGGACUUGCCAUGACCUCUGGACCGGCUUCGGGCUGGGAUCCCAGCAGGGGCGUCUGGCGCGGCAAAGAGAGGAGGCUUUGACGGAGCUCUCGUCAGCAGUCAGGGAGGCCUGCCAGCAAAGCUCCGGAGCUUUACAGAAGUGGCCAUCUGCCGUACUCGCAGGUGGCGAUGAGGAACCUGCGUCGCGACUGCGCAUCCGCAGCAAGGUGGCCGAAUUUGCACAGCAGCUGUCGCAGUCCGUCCUUGAGGCCGCCCCAGCCUUGGCCGAUUUGCUGGCCAAGAGCGGCUUAGCGCUGACACCGUCCCAGAAGCAGGAGCUAAGAAGGCAAACCCAGGAGCUGCUCCAAAUCCACAGAAGGUGGGUGUUGUACCAGUCCCUGCUCCUGUUGCACGACUGGCAAUCCACAACCGCUGCUCGGUCUUCACAGGAAGAGGCGUUGGCCCAAAGCUUCGUGGACUGCCUGUGGCGGCUGCAUCGCUGUGUCCGGAGUCUUGUGGCGCGGCUCAGAGUGGCCUCACUGGUGCCGGGUCUCUCCACAGAGAGCAGUAGCAGCUGCCACUUCGCACUGGCACGGCGCUGCUUGAAAAAGAGCCCCGCGCCGGUGGAGAAGGAGGCUGGCAAGGGGAGCUCUGCUGGUGCCGAGGCGGCCCUACGCCUCGGCUUGAUGCAGCGAAGCCUCGGGGACGUCUGCCACUGCUGGAGGGCACUCAGCCGCUGUCUGUCUUCGUGGGCUGCAGCACGCGGCGGGACUUCCGCGUCAGCAGCUGGCAGCGUCUCGCAGGAGAGCGGCGGAACAGUGGUGGAGCUCCUCGGAUAUAUCCACGGACUCUGCGGUUGCCUCACUGAGCGCCUGAUGCCAAUCAUGGAGCGGCUGUCAAUGCAGGUGAGCAGCGCACAGGGAGAGCCUAUGUUGUUCCUGCGGCCAUCCAAGCUGGCCAGACUGGAGCCACACCAGCAGGCGGAGAGCUUGCAGGUCCUCACAAAGCCUUACGUGCGUGCUGCUGAGUCGCAGCUGGCGAAAGCCCCGGGCGCCAUCGGCAUGGAGGAAGCCGUACAUACGCUGGCGUUGGCGAGGCGCCUGGCAGAUGUACGGACACAGCUUCUUUCAGAAUUGCAACAGCAAACGCACCGUUUGCAGGUGGUCAGCAACGAGAAGACCCAGCUUUCGGGCGAGCUGAGCACGAUCCAGGACAACCACGCCCUUCUCCAGUCCAACUACGAUGCGCUGAGGAAGGCAUCCGCACCAGUUGAGAGCGCUAUCGCCCGGCAGGAGACUCCCGGCGACUCUGGCGAGCUGCUACUGACCUCCAGGCAGCGUGCACUGCUCGGAAGCAUGGCGGUGAGUGCCCAGGAAAGCUCCGGCAUGAGGCAACAUGGCUUUUUCGUGGACGUCGUCAGUCUCGCCCACGGAGAGGUGUCUCUGGCAUCCGGGCCGCCCCGCCCCGAGGCACUGGAAUCUUGGGAGCUCGCGAUUCGCAAGGUCUACGAGCAACACAUGUACAAGCUCGAGAAACAGGUGGUUGCAGCGGACAACAAAGCUUUGGAGACCGGGUUGCAUGUGCAUGACUACUGCGGUCAGAUCCAGCGUCAAGAGGAGGAGAAGAGCGACCUUGCGAGUCAGGUCGAAGCAGGGGAGAAACAGCUCCAGAGCCUGCGCGAGGACAUGGAGGCUACCCGCAAGAACUACGAUGGUCAACUGGGCAUGCUGACGGAACACAUCUGCACUCUGUCCCUCCACCUCUCGGAGAAAGAUGCGAGUCUCGCGACUUUGCAGGCGCACAAAGUUCUUUGCGGCCGCUGCGGCAUGUGGAAUACCAUGGGGAAGCUGCUCUCAGAUUCCGGCAAGGGGACGUGUCAGACCUGCGGGGCGAAGGUUCUCAGCACUGACUGA